GUUUUUCCCUCAGGCGCACCUCGCGCGCGGGUUUCCAGGGUUGGGGCUUUCCUGCGAGGGUCUCUUGCGACCGCGCCCGCACUGCAUGAGCAGCGCGCGGACUCGCGCUGUGCGCAGGCCACCCGACGGAGUUCGUGAUCGUGCUGCUUCGAGGCGCGACCACGCCAGGGGCCUGGCGGACCCGCAAGGGCUGCGGGAGCUGCUGGCGGGCUCCGGGCUGAGGCUGGUACCGUUUGGGAAGGACGGCCUCGACGCCACGGUCGAGUCGGUGGCGGGCGGCGCCCUCGUGUCCGCGCCCGGCGUCGGAGUGAGGAGCUGCGACUGGUGGCCGGACGACCUGUUCGAGGGCGCGGGGCUGGUGCCCAUGUGGCACUGGAGCUCCGCGGGCGAGGCCGAGGGGCCGGUGCUGCUGCGGCUUGCGUGCAGUGGCCUCGCCCUCGGGGCCUCGGGGCGCUGUUUCCUCUUGCGGCAUCGCGGAGUCGACCUCUCGCGCGACGCCUGCGAGCCGUACACCGCAGCAAUGGAAGACCCGGGCCGGGGCUACGCCAGCGAGGCUUCGUCCUCCGAGGACUCGGAGACUGGCGACAACCGCCCCGCCCUGAGGAGGAGCAGCAGUACCCCGCGGAAUGCCCUGCGCGCAGUGACACCACUGAAGGGCUGGCGGCUCUCGCGGUCGAAGUCUCACAACGGCAAGUGGCCCAAGUUCGACGCGAAGCCCGGCGGCCCGUGCCGCUGCGGGCAGCUGCAGCUGCAGCUGCAGGAGUUCCUGGAGGCCCGCCUGGGCCGGCUCGAGGAGGCGGCCCGCGAGCUCGAAGAGCAGCUGGCCUCCAUCCUGGAGGCGCUGGAGCCGGGCAGCCGUGCGCGCCGGCCGCCGGAGCAGCUCCUGGGGGUCCAGCGGUCGAGGGAAGGCCUGCUCGGCGCCGGCCACCUCGGCGGCGCUGGCCGCCGUGGCGGCCCCGACGCCCGCGACCCCUGCGUGACGGAGGAGGCUCGAGCCUCGCGCCUCGAUAUUUCGACCCUGGAGCCUGGAUCCUCGACCCUCUAG